AAACACUUGCGUAUCUUUUUUUCCACAACUCCAAUGACUACACAAAAGGACCAACCAAAACUAGACUCAAAAUGAAUCAAUGUGAAAAAAGAAACAAUGAAAAAGACUCAAAAAUGAAGGAUGAAAAGAAAAAAAAAAUACAAAAGACACAAGAAACUUCAACUAUUCUGUAUCUUUGCAAACCACAAUGAAUGGGUCAUUCAAGAAACCUAUAAAACGUAUGUAAAAGUGCACAAAUGACGUGGUUUGAUGAAUAUAGGAUAGUGAUUGAUAAUGUGAUGAAAAAUGAAGGCCAAAGAAAGGAAUCUUGAUAGGUUUUCGAAGACAACUUACCAAGGCACCCUGAUUUGAUCAGUUUUGGGCAGUCUGUAAAGAAAAAUUCAUAUCUCCUUAACCACAAAACCAAAUCCAAUGAUUCCAAAGCCAAACGUUUCCCAACUCAAUUAGAAAAACCUUGUAAAAAAAGUUUUGAAAAACAAUCACAAUACGAUCCCCAAAACGCUACUGUUUUCGACCCCAAAUGCAGUCAGUUUCUGACAGCUUCUGUUUCUUCUUGUUUUUGCGACUUUUGGCUGUUGUUUCUCAUCAAAACCAAAUGCAUUAUGAACCCCACAAGGACUUUGAGGCUCUGAUACCAAUUGAACCAAAUUUGGACCCGAUGAUGAGGUCAAAUUGGCUUGUUUGCGGAAUUAAAUUUGACCCUCUAAAAACUACAGCAGUGGGGGUGUUUCUUGAAUUGAAAGACUAGGAGUUUUGACUCUCCAAGGCCACCAAAUUCCCUUAUUACAACCAAGGACUACUCUCAGUUAUAAAAGGUGAUAAUCUUGCACUACUCAAGAUUGAUAAAUGUUCAUACAUAUUCAAGGAAGACAAAGGAAAUGCAUCCAAUGAUAUUAAUGAUCAAAACUGAAAUCUGAAAUCUUUACAUGGCUUAGACUCCUACUUAUAGACUUAUGAAUAAGGAGAAAAAGCCUUAGGGCUCUUAGGAAUUUAUAAAACUAGAAAUAACGGCUAAAAACAAACACGUGCAAAACAUGUGCACAAUAAAAUAAGCAAAACAAUUAGCCUAACAACUAGACAAUGCUGUCAGGACACACUUGCGACUAGGUGACCUUCAACUCCCUUUCUUGGUGUCCUACUGUGUUCGUUGUGAGGCGCUUAAGGUCUUGAUGGAAAGGUCCAUGUAUUGAAAUUCCAUUUUUACCCUCUAUGUCUCCCAAGGUACACGGGUUAGCUCUGGAUAACCCUUGCAAGGUAGGCUGGUCAGUAGUUUUCAGGGGCUGGCUUCUGUUUUCUGUUCUUGUUUCAGAAUGUGCCUUCUGUAGCUUCUGUAGUUCUUCCUCUUCUGUAUUCUUCCUAUCUGCUGAUCUACUUCACACUCAAACACACACCAUGCCACAUCCACUUGUUUGCUUGCACACACUAUUGAUGAAAACUACUCCCAAGUUUAUGGUCUUGAAUGCCUAAGAAACCUGCGUCAUGUCAAACAUGGUGCAGAACCACUUGCGGUAAGUUUGGAUAAUGAUUUUGGAGAGAAAAGAAAGGAAAGGAAAAGGAAGGGAGGGAAGAGAAAGGAAGGGAAGAGAAAUAAAAGGAAAGUAGCACUUGUUUGUUUAGGAGGGGGGCAGGGAAAAAAAGAGAGAUAGAGUUUUCUCUUUAAAAUUUUUCAACUUGGAAAGCUUGAUAUCUUAACAAAAAUCCUCUAUUCAAUCCCUCCAAAUUCCUUCUCUCCAAAUCCCUUUUCUUCUAUUUUGUUAUCCAAAUAAGGAAUCCCUUAUCCCUGCAAAUCCCUCCCUGUCCUUUCCCUCCAUAUCUUUUCACCCAAAUACACCCUUAAUGACAUUAAAAUAAUAAAAUAAUGUUGACAUUCUACAAGAUGUUGAAAAUUUUUGUUUCCAGUUGUAAGGCCAAGUGAAUAUGUUAUUAAUCCUUGUAGAAAACUGAAUACAACUAUAAUUCUUUUUUAGAAAACAAUUUUUCCUUGCUAAAUUGUAAGUAAGCUUUAUCCGAUAAAGUGAGAAUACACCCAUAUAGGAAAUUUUUUUAUUUAAGCUUAUUUUUUUUUAUGUAUUUGGAGAAAUAAGUGUCAUCCAAACUAUUUUGUAAAAAUAAGCUUCUAGGGAAGACGUUGUCGACGAUAGCUUUUUGAACCCUAAUGGGCUGUAAAGUGAAUUUUGGGCAGUAAAUGAGAAAACGCUUUCUUCAUAUUCAAUUGCAACUGGGUCAGCAUCCGAUAAUGCAGUAUUAGAAAGAUUGAAAUGAAUAAGAUUAUUUAGCAUUUUAAUUCCAAGUAUAAGAUUAGGAUAAACUUAUGUCCCAAAAUAAGCUUCCGUACGUCCAAGCCUAGCCUCGGGUAAGUCGCUAUUAGUAACAGCGAAUUAAGGGAAAAAAAAAUAAAAAGUUGUAAGUCGCUGUUAGUAACAGCGACUUUUAGGUUUAUAAUUUUCCAGAAACCUUCUUCUUCCUCACUUCAUUUCGCGAUUUUAUUUUUCACCCGCAAAUCUCUACUUUCUCCUUCUUCAUUCCAACCUUGUAAGGAUCUUCAUUCCUUCAACUAAGGUCAUCAAGUUUCAAGUUUGUACCAGUAAUUAGUGCUGUAGUCUUCUUAGAUCGACGUAAGGUUGACAAGCUUCCAAUUACGUAAUUCUUCUUGAUCUACAGCUAAUUGAGGUUCGUUUUUAUUAUAAAUUUUUUCAUUUGGUGGUGAAUUUAAAAUGUAUGUCAUGUGUAGUGGGCAUUUACACUUGAGCUCUACGAUUAUGUCAAAUGUAGUUGUUAUUUACAUUGAUCCUCACUUUUAAAAGUUUGUUCCAGAAUUAUUAGUUGAAUGUAAAAUGUAUAGUGGUCAUAUAUUUAUGAAGUUGAUGGUGAUGUUGAUUUUUUAUGUGUUGUUAUAGAAAUGGCUUCAUUUCGUGUCACCGUUGUAUGCUUUUGGAAUGGUUCAAUUCGAUCAACUAGUAAUAAUGUUAAGUAUGUUGGGGGAAAACGUAAACUGUUUGCAUGCAACUCAUACAUGGAUUUGAAUGAAUUUAAACAUUUUAUAUGCUCUAGGAUUGGCAUUGACACUACAAGAAGUACUGUUAAUUUAAGUUUUAAAUACAAUCUGAGUGGAGAUUUGUUAGCUUUUCCGGUUGAGGAUGAGGAGGCUAUAGAUGCAAUGUGGGAGUAUUCAAGGUCUACCCCUAGUCCUUCUUUAGAGUUAUAUCUAGAAGAGGUACCCCUAGGGAACGAAGAUGUGAACGUAGUGGAAACAAAUGCAUUUAUGAAUAUAACUUCUUCUGCCCCUUCUCAUACGCCCUUCCCCACCCAAGAAACCGAAAAUCUAUUUAUUCCAUCUUCCUCUUAUCCUUGUAAUGAACCCAAUCAAGUUCAAUUUCAAGUCUCAAAUGAUGUUACUUUUAACUUACAAGAUACAAAUGAGCCUUGGGAUGAUGUUAAUAGUGAGAGUAAUGAAUUCCUUGAGGCUCCUUCUGAGGACGAUGUGGGUGUUGACGAGGAGGCUCUAGCUAAUGACAUGACCUUAGGAAACAUUCCCACAAUCGUCGCUCCUACACCCUAUGCACUGGUUCCCCCUCUAGAUGAACACUUUGAGGACAACUCUUGGAGGUCUUGGGAUUGUGAUACAACCUACACCGACGAAGGAGAGUUUCAAAAGGGUAUGAUGUUUGACAACAAGGAUGUCUUGUUAGACGCUGUUAGAUUGUAUCAUAUUCGUAGGAACGUUGAGUACAGAACUGAGACUUCAAAUCAAACCGUGCUCACGUUGAAGUGUAAAAGAGGGUGUGGUUGGAGGCUUAGGGCUAGGAAGACCUCCUAUUCACCGUCAUGGGAGAUAAUUACUUAUAAAGGGAAGCACGGGGGUUGUAUUUUAAGUACUGAAAACGUGUCAGCUGGGCACAUUCAUUUGACAUCUUCCGUGAUUAACAAUCGUAUUAGAAAUUGUGUUGCUCAAGACCCAUCAAUUAAGGUUUCUGUUGUCCGGCAAAUGGUCAAAGACCAAUUCGGUGUGGAAGUGACCUAUAAGCGCGCUUGGUGUGCUAAACAGCAAGCCCUUCUCUCUAUCUAUGGUACGUGGGAAAAUUCUUAUCCUCUUCUUCCACGCUUCCUGAAGGCACUGCAAAUUUCAAACCCCGGUACUGUAGUUGAGUGGUUCUUUAAGGAAGAUAAUGAUGUCGGUGUGUAUGUCCGUCCUAGUAUUAGAACUUUCCAACGCGUGUUUUGGGCUUUCCAACCUAGUAUUGAGGGAUUUAAGUAUUGCAAACCCGUUAUUGCCAUUGACGGAACACAUUUGUAUGGUAAGUAUCGCCAUACGUUGUUGACUGCGAUUGCCCAAGAUGGGAACAAGGGAAUAUUCCCGCUUGCCUUUGCUUUGGUCGAAAAAGAAUGCAUAGCCGCGUGGUCUUGGUUUAUGGGCUGUGUUCGUAAGCAUGUGAUGCAUAGUCCAGGGUUAUGCGUUAUUUCCGAUAGGCAUGCGGGCAUUCUAGCAACUAUGGAGGAGCCGGAAUGGCAACCUCCAAACGCCCAUCAUAGGUUUUGCUUGCGGCAUUUGUUAAGCAACUUCAAUCGUCAAAUGGGUAAUGUGAAGUUGAAGAAAAUGUUUGGUAGGACUGCAGAGCAAAGACAACCCAAUAAAGUCGUCGAGGGAUUGAAGGCCAUUGGUGUUGUUAAUCGUGAAGCACUAUUUUGGAUUGAUGAAGUUGGUGAUAUGUCUAAAUGGUCAAUAUGUCACGAUGGAGGGUAUAGGUACGGUGUUACUAAUACGAACUUGGCCGAAGUAUUCAAUAACGUGAUGAAGGGUGUGCGUUUCUUGCCUAUAACCACUCUUGUGGAGUUUACCUUCUAUCGUGUUAAUGAUUAUUUUGUAAAAAGAUGCGAGAAUGCAAACGCGUGGUUAAUUGGGGGAAACAAGUACACUUCACACGCCACUAGAAUUAUCACCCGUAACACCGAGAAGGCAAACUACCAUGAGAUCAUCGCAUUUGACUACAGACGAGGCAUUUUCCAAGUUAAGACUGGGCGUGGUAAUAGAGGAUCGGCCAAGGGUGGUAAAAUACAAAGUGUGGAUAUGAGCGAUAUGAAAUGCACUUGUAACAAACCGUCCAUAUUUCAUUUACCUUGUUCUCAUGUUCUUGCCGUAUGCAUUAAACGACACUUAUCCUAUGAGCGAUUUGUGGACUCCUGCUACAAGACCCAGAGCUAUGUUAACACGUAUGAAUGCAUAUUCUUGCCGUUAAUUGAUAAGAGGGCAUGGCCUCAAUACACCGGUGUUGAGGUGUUACACGAUCCAGAUCACAUUCGUGGAUUAGGAAGACCUAAGUCCAGGAGGAUCGCGAACGAGAUGGACGAAGGAUUGCGGAGACGCAACGCUUGUCGACGGUGUGGUAUUGACGGUCAUAAUACUAGAACUUGCACGUCAAGGAGAGAUGGAUCCAGCAGCUCCAGGCCCUCUGGACCCUAGUGUCCUUAUGAUGCAGGCGAGUCACAGGAGCAGUGUGCUAUGGGAUGUACAGGUGUCCGAUACGGAAACCAUAUACACCAGGCAUCCCGAUUCAGCUCCAUGGGCGAUUGACGCACGGAUCGUCCCGUACCUUCAGCUUGCGAGAUUUCAUGACUUCCACCUGAUCGCGUACGGGAGAGUCGAUCGGGC